GGAUAAAUAACAGAGGGUCCACGGCGUUGACUAACCGUCUCUAAAUGGUCUUCAUCCUGCACUAUAUGUCUGUCUGGGGCUUCUUACUGUUUAUCAGUCCAGACUGAGGCCGCUUCAUUGCUGUGACAACCAUCCGUCGACCAGGCUCAGACCGGUCUACCAGGACUUCUCCGAGGGCUAUUCUUGUUUUUUUUUUUCCUUGUGUGCGUAAAAAAUGGGUAAAGAUUACUAUAAAACGCUGGGUAUCUCUAAAGGAGCCACUGACGAGGAUAUAAAGAAAGCUUACAGAAAACAAGCGCUGAAAUGGCACCCGGACAAAAACAAGUCUGCAGCCGCCGAGGAGAAAUUUAAGGAAAUCGCCGAGGCAUAUGAAGUCCUGAGCGACCCGAAGAAAAGGGAAAUUUAUGAUCAGUACGGAGAGGAAGGUCUCAAGGGAGGAAGCGGACCCACCAGUGAUGGACAGGGCAGCACUUUCACCUACACCUUCCAUGGGGAUCCUCACGCCACCUUCGCCACUUUCUUUGGUGGUUCAAACCCCUUCGAGAUGUUCUUUGGGCGUAAAGCCAAUGGGCGAGACGACGAGGACAUGGAGGUGGAUGGAAAUGACCCCUUCGGCUCCUUUACUAACUUCAACCUGAACGGCUUCCCUCGGGACGGCCACAUUGGCCUGGGAGGGCAGCAGCGCCGGAAGCAGGACCCAGCCAUCAUCCACGAACUGAGGGUCUCCCUGGAGGAGGUCUUCCAUGGCUGCACCAAGAGGAUGAAAAUCUCUCGCAAGAGGCUAAAUCCAGAUGGCAGGACCAUGCGCAACGAGGAUAAGAUUCUCGCUAUCGAGAUCAAGCGGGGCUGGAAAGAGGGAACCAAGAUCACGUUCCCGCGGGAGGGAGACGAGUCGCCGAACACCAUUCCUGCUGACAUUGUUUUCGUCAUCAAGGACAAGCCACAUCCUCACUUUAGGCGGGAAGGAUCCAACAUUGUGUAUCCUGUUCGCGUGAGCUUACGACAGUCAUUGUGUGGAUGCUCGGUUACCGUGUCGACGAUAGACGGGAAGACGUGCAACAUGAAGAUCACAGACGUCAUCAAGCCUGGCAUGAGAAAGACUGUUGCCGGACAGGGUCUCCCCUUCCCCAAAAACCCCGAGCAGAGAGGAGAUCUGGUGGUGGAGUUUGACGUGAACUUUCCUGACACGUUACCCGGCAACGCCAAGGACGUCCUGAAACGGCAUUUACCUGCUUAGGACGAAGGACACGGACUGAACGAGGGGAGAUAACCGCAUGACAGCACUCCUCUUUGUUACCAAACACACACACACACACGCACAAACACACACAAGGACAGUUCUGACAGCUCACAGAUGGACCCCUUGCUGACGAAUGUGCAAUUUCUAUUUUUGAGCUCUUUGGUGUUUUUAUAAAUGCCAUGCAUGCUGCCAAGCUGAUACAGGUGAUAGACUGUCUGGGUUGUUGAUUUCUGAAAGUACACAUUUUAUGUACGUGGGUCUUUUCCACUAUCACUUUAUCUUUAUGUUUGUUGGAAGUAUUUGGCUGUGAAUGAGUCUACAGUUGCCAAAAAAAAGUCCCAGUGAUCCUGGGAAAACAGUAGUGCCAAACUGUACAUUUUCAAGCUCUCAUUUUAGAUUUGACCGGCUUCAUGACUGACAUUUUAUUUUAAUCAGUGUGGAGGCCGUCUUAGAAUCUGUGUACAAGUCAUUCAGGAGGAAAGUGGUUGAGUGAACUCAUCUGGAUCGUCAUGUGUGCAUUUUAGAAUCUUACAUGUGAAGAUGCUGAACUUGAAUUUUAAAAUAAAUAUUUCCACAUGAACUGAUCUUGAGCUGUUUCAGUCAUGGAGAAGAGAGAGACUGAGCCCUCCUCCAUGAAACAAACAGAGCAUUAACAAUAAUCACUUUUAAAACCACUGUUUAAAACACUGCUUAGGCUUAUUUAUAGUCAGUCUGCAUAGCAAUAUUACACAAAAUGGGCUCUUCAGAAAUGCAGUAUAUUUUGAUAGUCAAAUGUGAAUUUUUUGAUGUUGUAAAGCUUAUAUGGUAAAAUUUCAAAUGAUCAAAAUUAAAAAUAAAUUGACUGAA